UUGAUUUUAACAGGAGGGUUGAGAGAAUUGCAGCAAGUUCCUCUGCAAAUCAGUGUUUCUGAAAUCAUCAAGAACACUCCUGUGAGACUAUUGGAUGCCUUUGCUGACUCAGUGUUCGAAUUCAAUGACCAGCCAUUGCUCCCAUCUCAGAGUAACUUAGCUCCAGUUGAAGAAGUGGGAGAAGCUGUUCAUGUUACCAACAUUGAGGGGAGGAUUCCAGAUGAUUUUCCGGAGGGUGUUUACAUAAGAAAUGGCCCAAACCCUGUUUUUGGAGGAUUAAAAUCAACAAUUUCUAUGUUCGGAAGAUCAAGUCACAUUUGGGUGGAAGGAGAAGGAAUGCUUCAUGCUUUGUAUUUUAAUAAAGAUAGCGGUGGAACCUGGACUGUCUUCUAUAACAACAAACAUGUUCAUACCGAGACAUUCAAGUUAGAAAGGCAAAGAAAUAAACCAUUGUUUCUUCCGACUGUCGAAGGGGAUAGACUGGCUAUUUUGUCAGCUUAUCUGCUAAAUUCGUUAAGAUUUGGCGAAGUAAACAAAUAUGAUAGUAAUACCAAUGUUUUCAUGCAUUCGGGGAAGUUAUACUCAAUUACUGAGAAUCAUAUGCCUCAAGAGAUAGACAUCCUUACACUAGAAACUUUAGGCAAUUGGGAAUUCAAUGGAGCUUGGAAUCGACCAUUCACUAGCCACCCGAAGAAAGUUCCAGGUACCGGGGAGCUGCUCAUAAUGGGGUUUGAUGCAAAGAAACCUUACUUUGAGCUUGGAGUGAUUUCAGCUGAUGGAAAGAAAUUAGUACAUAAAGUGGAUCUCAAAUUCAACAGGUGUACCCUUUGCCAUGAUAUAGGUGUUACACAGAGGUAUAAUGUGAUCAUAGAUUUUCCACUAACUGUAGACAUAAACAGACUCAUUAGAGGAGGCGCAUUGAUGAGGUAUGAUAAGGAAGGGUAUGCAAGGAUUGGGGUAAUGCCUCGUUACGGUGAUGCAGAAUCGGUUCAGUGGUUUGAGGUGGAACCAAGUUCUGUUUUUCACAUUCUCAACUGUUAUGAGGAUGGUGAUGAGGUUGUAGUGUGGGCAUGUCGAGCUCGUGGAUCAAUCAUACCAGGGCCUGAUUUUGGUUUGAACAAAUUUGAGUGGUUUUCAAGAGGUUUUAAGCCAGUGAGUUCAGUUGGAGAAAAUGAUGACGGAUUAUUAUUUUCUCGUUGUUAUGAAUGGAGAUUAAACAUAUUAAGUGGAGAGGUCAAGGAAAAGAAUCUCACCGGAACUGAAAUCGCUAUGGAUUUUCCUAUGAUUAAUGAAAAUUUUGUGGGUGCUAAAAAUAAAUAUGGUUACACUCAGCUUGUUGACUCCUGUGCGAGCUCUGCCUCAGGCAUGGCCAAGUAUGGUGGACUAGCCAAGCUUUACUUAGGAAAACAUCUGGGAACGAGACAAUGUGAAAACUUCGUAAAGGUCCAACAUCAUAAAUUUGGGAAGAAUAUCUUCUGCUCUGGAUCUGCAUUUGUCCCUAAACGUGGAGGUUCUGAGGAAGAUGAUGGUUGGAUCAUUUGUUUUGUUUAUAACGAAGAUAACGGUGCAUCUCAGGUUUAUAUAAUUGAUACAAAGAACUUUACUAGUGAGCCAGUGGCCAAAAUUAUGCUGCCAUGUAGAGUGCCAUAUGGUUUUCAUGGAGCUUUCAUAUCGAUGCCCUAUCAACAAUAACAAACAGGAUCGGAAGCUUUGUGAAACCAAGAUACUGUAUAAGAAAUAGUCAAUAUUUACAUAAUAUUACUUACUUCUUGCCUACUGUCAUUUAUGUUAUUGUAUGUAAAUUUAUAUGGAGAGAUGUGGUUUCUGUAAUGAAAAGUCUUUUGUUUUAA